UGUUUAUCACUGAACCCUGUUUUUUUCUUCUGAUAUUCAAUUCACUUCUCUUCUUUGAACAAAAGGAAUAUAUUUUGAAAUAUCACAUUCAGUGCCCACCCCCACCCCACCCACUCCGUCUCUAUGUAUAUGUGUGUGUCUCUCUCAAGGUUCUUCUUGAAGAAAUGAAUGCUGAUUGAUAAGUCCCGUAGUCUUCGCUCUCCCACAUUUAGAUAAAAAAAAAGGGGUGUUUUCAAUCAUUUUAUUCAUUCUCACAAGUGGCUAAGAAUUUCUCUUAAUCCACACGUCUUUCGGAAUUCACCACGUAUUUAUUUCAAUCUCUUACUCUUCUUCUGGAUAUAUUAGUAGAUAUAGAUUUAUCCCUAAAAAUUCUCUAGUCUCUCUAGUCUUUUUUGCAUCGAUAACACGUUGUUUUGAUCAGAUGGUUCUCCUCAUUUCUUGCUCUUUUUCAUAUUCUGAUUCUUUGUAGUAGUUAAGAUUUCAAGAUUCAACAAAAAAAGUUACAGUUGGAUUAGUAGUUUGUUAUAUACCUAUACACCGCCAUGGAUUGUUCAAGGGAAAUAGAGGGGAAAAGUGUGCAUGAUCCCUACUGUAACUGGCCUAAUAACAAGAUUCAGAGGUCUCAACGAUGCGUGUGGAUACCAGAGCCCGUUAUCGUGGGGGCCGGGCCAUCCGGCCUUGCUGUGGCAGCUUGUUUGAAAGAAAAAGGUGUGCCAAGCCUAGUUUUAGAGAGAUCUAAUUGUAUAGCAUCUUUAUGGCAGCUUAAAACUUAUAAUCGGCUUAGGCUUCAUUUACCUAAGCAAUUCUGUGAGCUUCCUUUGAUGUCAUUCCCACUAGAAUUUCCAACAUACCCUACUAAACAGCAGUUCAUUCACUACUUGGAAUCAUAUGCAAAAAGGUUUGACAUUAGGCCUGUUUUCAACCAGACAGUUUUGUGUGCUCAGUACGAUCAGAAUCUCGGGUUUUGGCGAGUACGUGCCGCAGGGCUGAAGGAUGAAGAGUGCGAGUACGUCUGCCGGAGGCUGAUCGUGGCUACCGGAGAAAAUGCAGCGGAAGUGGUUCCACAGAUUGAAGGAAUGGAUGAAUUUGGUGGGACUAUAAUGCACACAAGCAAAUAUAAAAGUGGAGAGGUGUUUAAAGGGAAGAAAAUAUUGGUAGUUGGCUGUGGAAAUUCUGGAAUGGAAGUAUGCUUGGAUCUAUGCAAUAAUAACGCCAGCCCUUCUCUUGUGGUCAGAGAUACAGUGCACAUUCUACCACAAGAGAUGCUGGGGAGAUCAACUUUCGGGCUGUCCAUGUGGUUACUCAAAUGGCUGCCUAUUCGUCUUGUCGACCGGUUCCUAUUAGUCUUGUCCUGGCUUAUACUUGGGGACACAGGACGGUAUGGCCUCAACCGGCCUCGAGUAGGCCCUCUUGAGUUGAAGAACCUAUCAGGGAAAACACCGGUUUUGGACGUCGGAACCCUAGCCAAGAUCAAGAGUGGAGACAUCAGGGUAUUUCAAAGCAUUAAGAGAUUAAGGCGCCAAUCUGUAGAAUUUGUAGAUGGCAAAUCAGAAAAUUUCGAUGCAAUUGUCCUGGCAACUGGAUACAAAAGUAGUGUACCAUCUUGGCUAAAGGAAAGAGAGAUGUUUUCGGAGAAAGAUGGGCUACCAAAAAGACCAUUUCCAAAUGGCUGGAAAGGAGAAUGUGGGCUAUAUGCAGUAGGGUUUACCAAACGUGGCCUUCUUGGGGCAUCAAUGGAUGCUAAGAACAUUGCACAAGACAUUGAAACUUGUUGGAAAGCAGAUGCAAAGCAUUUUUCAGCCAUGUUUAAUAAAUUAAUGUGAUAUAGCUUAAUUUUGAUUGUACUUAAAUUAAUUAGUUUAUUGUUAUAGAUUUGACAAGCUAGAAAGAAGCAAAACACUGAUUAAUGGAGAACUUUUUGUUGGUACCAUUGGCACAAAAGUUGGUACCAAUAAGAAGCUCCACCAAUUGUGGAAAGGGGCGUGACAAAGAAUUUUUGUUUUUAAAAGAAGUAGGUUUAAGACUGAUCCCCAUUAUUGAAUUGAGAGUAAAAUUAGGGUUUGUGGUUUUUAAUUUGGGGGGACCUCAAAUGAUCACACUAGUGUAUACAUCUUGUACAUUGCCGAAUUUUCUCUA